AUGGACAUCGGCGGUUUGGAGACGGUGGUGGCGAACUCGGCCUAUGUGUCCGCCCGAGGCAGCGUGGACGGAGCUGCAGCAGCCUCCAUGCGUGACAAGAAGAUGCGUGCCAGGUUGAAACUGCCGCACAUCAGAGAUUGUGAACACAUGAAGACGACUGUAGACAUGGCAUUUGACAGCAUGUGCAUCCAGCAGCCCAUCGGCAAGCGCCUGUUCCAAAUGUAUCUUGAAAGUGAUGCAACCCAUAAAAACACUGGGGAGCUGUGGAAGGACUUUGAAGACUACACAAUAUGCACGGAGAAGGACAGAGUGCAGAAGGCCCAAAAAAUAGUCAACAAGUACUACGAGUCAGCUUCAAAGAAUUUCUGCAACUUCUUGGAGGAGAAGGCCGUCACUCGGGUCAAAGAAGAUUACAAGAAUGUCCACGGUGACCUGUUCAAAGAGAGCGAGAAGCAGCUGCUCAAACACCUGGAGAAGAACGCUGUGGACGGCUUCAAGAACAGCAUGUACUUCCUGCGUUAUGUUCAGUUCAAAUGGUUGGAGAGCCAGCCCGUGGAUGAGGAGUGGUUCAUGGACUUCAGGGUCCUGGGCAAAGGAGGUUUUGGGGAAGUGUUUGCUUGCCAGGCCAAGGCAACAGGCAAAAUGUAUGCCAACAAGAAACUGGAGAAAAAGAGGCUCAAGAAACGCAAAGGCUACGAGGGAGCAAUCGUGGAGAAGCGCAUCCUUGCUAAAGUUCACAGUCGCUUCAUUGUGACAUUGGCUUACGCUUUCCAGACCAAGACAGACCUCUGCCUAGUUAUGACCAUCAUGAACGGUGGAGAUCUCAGGUUUCAUAUGUAUAAUGUGGAUGAAAAGAAUCCUGGUUUUGAUGAGAAACGAGCACGUUUCUACACAGCUCAGAUCAUCUGUGGGCUGGAGCACCUUCACCAGCACAGGAUCAUCUACAGAGACCUCAAACCAGAGAACGUACUACUGGAUGAUGCAGGACAUGUCCGCCUGUCAGAUUUGGGUCUGGCUGUUGAGCUUCCACCAGGAAAAGACAAAACUGCUGGAUAUGCUGGAACUCCAGGUUUCAUGGCCCCAGAGCUGCUCCAGAAGAAGGAGUAUGACUACACAGUGGACUAUUUUACUCUGGGAGUCACCCUUUAUGAGAUGAUUGCUGCCAAAGGGCCCUUUAGAGUUCGUGGAGAGAAGGUUGAGAAUGAAGAGGUAACUCGCAGAAUCUUGAACGAUCCAGUUUCAUACACACCAAACUUCAGCAAAGAGUGCAAGGCCCUGUGUGAAGGUCUGAUGGACAAGGACCCUGUGAAACGUCUGGGGAUCAAAAAUAAUGAUUGCUCGGAGCUCAAGAAUCAGCCCUUCUUUAAAGAGAUUAACUGGGGCCGUCUGGAUGCAGGCAUGCUACCUCCACCCUUUGUCCCCGAUCCUAAGAUGGUCUAUGCCAAAGACAUUGACGAUGUGGGCGCCUUCAGCACAAUCAAAGGCCUGGUCCUAGAUAACAAGGACACAGAGUUCUACAAUGACUUUGCUUCCGGUAACGUCCCGAUCCCCUGGCAGGAGGAGAUGAUUGAGACAGGUGUGUUUGGAGAGCUGAACAUCUGGGGCGAGGGCGGAAAGCUGCCCAAUGACCUUGACCCUAACUUCGUAGAAGCCAAAGGUGGGGGGUGUGUGCUGCUGUGAGUUAGAGCAAGAGAUGGCAACAGAGCAGAGAGCAAAUUGAACAAGUGAUCAUUUGGUGCCACACACUGGUUAUUUUCUUUGUACCAUAAUCUGUAAUAAGCAGUAUUAGUGGUGUAAUGAUAAACUAGCUUCACCUUUACCACAGGCA